AUGAUGAAUCGGUCAAGAACAUUACUAUCCAUUAUUCUAUCCACAAUUGCCUUGUGCCUUUUCUUAGAAGAAACCUCUGCUCUUGUGACGCCACCAUCAUCAUCAAAAUCAUCAUCAUCAUUACUAUUCCAAAAGUCUUCUACUUCGUUGCAUCAAGCUUCCGAUAGCGACAGUAGCAAACCACCAGAGACGGCAGUGGAACUCUUUGAUUCCGAAAGUUGGAAGAUUAUCAAAAAGGAUUUGGACGCGGUUCCCAUUUUCUGUGUGGCCAACAAGGAAGGCAAACCCGUUGCCUAUUCGAUUACGGUCAAAAAGACGCAAGACGAAGACGAAGACGCCGAACCCAUUACCUUUCAAGUUCCCUUUUUCUAUGUCGACGUCGAAGAUGCCAAGACGGAAUUGAAAAAAGUCAGGGACAGCAACAAGGAAAAGGCUGAGGAAAUGGAUUUGAUUCCCUUUCCACUAGGUUCCGCCUUUGAAAUGUGGUCCAACGAUCAAGCAGUGAUUAUUCCCUCGGGCAAGGCCGUCCAACAAGCGGGGGCUCCACCAGGAACCAACCCGAUUGGUCAAGCGGUUCCUCUAUUUUGCUGCAUGGAAAUCAUGCAAGAAACCGAAGUGAAGGAUGCGGAAGGCAAUAUCAAAAUGGCGCCAGUCUUGCCACUUUUCAUGGUAUUGGAAGAGUGCAACGCCGCCGUCGAUCAAGCCGUCGAGAUGGAUGGUGGGACAUCCGAUGAUUUUGAAGUCGCAUCACUCUCUUUGACAGCGGCCAUUGAACAAUUGGCAACCCAGAUCAAGGGAGUUCCUGGAUUUCAAGUAAUGCCGCCUCAAGCGUCUUUGGAAUACAUCAACAAUUACCUGUCGUCGUCGUCGCCACCGUAG